CGUCCAAAAAUGGCGUGUUUACAUUCAUCGCCGCAAAUUCUUCCCCAAACAAUUUGGAAGAUGUCACUGGGUUUGCUGUUCCUAUUCUCCACAAUCAGUGGAUGCUGGGGCCAUUUAAAUUUGUAUCUAAAUCCUCAGGAAGUGAUGCGCCUAUUGGGUGUUUCCGCCGAAGUCUAUUACGUACGUGAUGGCCACAUUAAUAACUAUGCACUAAAUUUCAUUGUACCAGUGCCGGCCAAUGUACGAGACAUCAGUUUUACUUGGCAAAGUUUAGCUGGACGUACCCUACCCUACAGCAUAAAUGUGGUGACUUCUGAUCCGGCAGUAUUACCCCGACCCACCCUAAAUAUAUCACAGAUUGGCGAAAUUCCAACGGAAGUGAAAACAUUUUCGAUCAGCUUAAAAUGUUCGGGCAUACGUGCUGCUGAAGUGGAUGUUAGCAUAUCGAUUGAGGUGAUACUCAAUCGCGCAUUGAACAAUGUGACACAUUUGGUGUUUCGCCGAAAAAAGAUAUGUUUGCUGGCUGAGGAAGAUGAACCCAACGUGGACGAUCCCUUGCUUUUGGAAACAGUAGUUCAGCCACCUACCGGCUUAAUUACAUUAGUCGUCGGAAGUGUUCUGGCGUUGGCCAUGGUUUUGAUACUUCUGCUUGCAGCCUAUUGUGUUCGUGGAUCGGCCAAGCGUCAAAAUCAUCAUGGUCAACCCAUGAGAACGUCAAGUUUCCAAAGACUCAACACAAAUCCCCCGUGUCAAUCGGCUUCGUAUAUCACACCAUCGAUUAUUGCCCCUAUUCACAGUACGUUGCCGCGCAAAAUGGAACCCCAACAGCCAGAAGAGUUGCAUCGUCGCAUAUCGGAACUGACCGUCGAACGUUGUCGUGUCCGUUUAUCUAGUCUGUUGCAAGAGGGCACAUUUGGCCGAGUUUAUCGUGGAUCCUACAACGAUAACCAGGAUGUUUUAGUAAAAACAGUAGCCCAACAUGCCAGUCAAAUGCAAGUGUCGCUGUUGCUGCAGGAGGGCAUGUCACUGUACGGUGCUUCCCAUCCGGGUAUUUUGUCCGUUUUGGGUGUUUCAAUUGAGGAUCAUACAACGCCGUUUGUUUUAUAUCCAGCCAUGAAUAAUACCCGAAACUUGAAAAUGUUUUUGUUGGAUCCCUCAUGUGCACGCACCAUCACAACCAUUCAAAUUGUGAUGAUGGCCUCGAACUUGUCAACGGCGCUUAGUCAUUUGCACAGUCACGGUGUUGUACACAAGGAUAUAGCGACUAGAAAUUGUGUUAUUGAUGAUCAGUUGCGCGUCAAAUUAUCUGAUAGUUCAUUGUCACGUGAUCUCUUUCCUGGUGAUUAUAAUUGUCUCGGUGAUAGUGAAAACCGUCCAGUCAAAUGGAUGUCAUUGGAGGCAUUACAACACAAACAAUUCUCAGAGGCAAGUGACUCGUGGGCAUUCGGUGUCCUUAUGUGGGAAUUGUGUACAUCGGCCAAACAGCCUUAUGCUGAAGUGGAUCCUUUCGAAAUGGAGCAUUAUCUCAGGGAUGGUUACAGACUGGCGCAGCCAUUUAAUUGUCCAGAUGAGUUAUUUACCAUAAUGGCUUACUGUUGGGCACUUUUGCCAGCAGAACGGCCGUCAUUUAUUCAGCUACAUGCCUGUCUCUCGGAAUUCUAUGCUCAAAUUACACGUUACGUGUAGUGGUGCGUCUUGAUCGGAAGUU